AUGGUUUCCUUCGACACCGUUCAGCCAGGCUGGUGUGGAAUCGAUCAAGAUGAUUCGUUCGGGCCAGUACUCAAAGGAUGUCGAGAAAAUUUCGACUUUACUCUUGUUUUUGAAGAAUCAAUCUUAUCACUAGCACCAUCUGCAUUCCUCCUGCUUCUCGUCCCUGCUCGUCUUGUACAGCUUUGGGGAAGCCGGAAGAAAGUUCGCCGUGGUUUUUGGCAGUUAUCGAGAUCAAUUGCUUUCUGUAUCUUGCUCUCCCAGAUUAUUGCAUCAGGUCGUUACACAUAUGAAAACUUAAGAGCUAAUGUUCGCUUAGAAGAGACCACAUCCUCGUUUCAAUACCGAAAACUUUUGGUCUGGAGCAUAGUCAUUUCAAACGUUUCUGUAGGAGCACACUCUUCUCAGGUUGAUAUCACAGAAAUGAAGCCACUGGCAGCAACAAAAUCUAGCAUUAGCAAAGGCACCGCGAUCUCAGUGGUAGAUGCAACAUUUGGAUGGACUAAAAGCGGACAGGCAACAUUGAAAGAAAUUAACAUUGUGAUACAAGCCAGCUCGACAGAAGAGCACGUUUUCAAUAAUGUCUUUGGACCCGAAGGGCUUUUGAAUAAUCUAGGUACCACCGUUAUUGUAGUGACAGAUAAAUCCCACCGACUUAGCAGCGCAAAUCAUAUCAUUGCCAUUGGACAACAGCAGAAAGUAUUAGAACAGGGAGAUUUUACACAGCUAAAGUCUGCAGGAGGUGGAGGUUAUGUGACUAGGCUUCUGAGUCAAGGAGAACCCAAUAUAUCUGUCGAGAAAAAAGAAAAUAUCAAGCCUGAAAAGGAAGCUAUUACUAUCAAGAAAAAUAUAGAAACCGCCACCACUACCGAACUUGAUAAUAAACGACAAAAGGGUGACCUCAGUACUUACAAAUACUUCUGCAAUGCAUCUGGUCCCCGCAAUGUAGCACUUGCUUUAAUUAUGGCCGUGUUAAGUGCAUUCUGCAUGGUGUAUUCAAUUAUCAUACCUCGCUCUAAACAAAUCUUACAUCAGAAUAUAUUGAAAUCUACGCUUGAAGCACCAUUAUCAUCUCUAACCACCACUGAUGUUGGCACAACUAUGAAUCGUAUCGUCUUGACCAUCAUGCGGGCAAUCAUCCUAUGCAUCACUGCUAAGUAUUUUGCCGUCAUAAUCCCAUUCGGACUUGUCGCCGUCUAUUUGAUCCAAAGAUAUUACCUCUUCACAUCACACCAACUGCGACUUCUUGACAUCGAAGCCAAAGCACCACUCUACUCGCAUUUUCUCGAAAAUUUAGACGGACUCGCAACGAUUCGCGCCUAUGGAUGGCAAAAAGCCCUUCUACUAGCAUGUAUUCAACGAUGGUUAGCAUUCGUGCUUGACAUUCUAACUGCUGUGUUUGUGAUCAUUGUGGUGGUGUUUGCCGUGACGGUGAGGAGUUCGAUGACUGCUGCCGAUGUGGGUGUAGCGCUUGCUAAUAUCGUUAGUACGAAUCAGGCGCUUACAAUGCUCAUUAUUUCAUGGACGGGCUUGGAGACCGCCAUAGAAGCGGUUUCUAGAGUGCGUUCUUUUUCUCGUGAUACUCCGUUUGAGGUUCGACAAGAUGUUGAAGAAAUAGAUUUAGAGGAAUGGCGAUCUUCUGGGGCUAUUUCUCUCGAGAAUGUCUCGGCUUCUUAUAGGUGA